AUGCAAGAAUUGAAUGAUUUAACACUUCUAACAAAUCCAAGUUAUUUUCAUUAUUUAAAUGACUUCAAUAAAUUAGACAAUAAUAAUUAUCAAAUGAACAAAAGUGGCGCAUAUAGUGAAGAUUCAUCUGUUAGCAUAUUUCCAUCGAACUACAUUAAUUCUGAUGAUUUUUUUAAAAAACCAAUAAAAAUUGAUCAGUCAUCUGUAGAAUUAAGUCCAGCUCAGUCGAUUCAAACUUAUUUAAUGAAUACAGCAUUAUGGAAUACUUUGAAAUUAGAUCAAUUGAAACAACAAUGCUAUCAAUCAAAUGAACACCUAUUGAAUGAAACAAAUUCAUCACAGCAGAUAAAUACAGAUACAGUGAAAGAUUUUACAAAUUAUAAUUUUAAAAAACGUAAAAAAAUCAAUGAACAUUUACCAUCUACGUCUAGUUUUAAUUGUUAUGAUUUACAAUUAAACAGUCAUCAUAAAACUGAAAAUUAUUUAGAAAACGAAGAAGAAGAAGAAAGACGGAAACCUCAAUCCAUUGUCAAUGUUCAAUAUGAAAAUCAAUCUUUAAAUCGUAUUCAUCAUUAUCCUGUUAAAUAUAUGACUGAUUCUCAUGUAAACCAUUGUAUCAAUAAUGAUAUCGUGGAGAAAUGUCAAUCGUUACCGAGACAGAAUAUAAUUGAUGAGAAACUUAUCAGUUCAUUCAUUUGUCCAAUAUGUCAAAGUGAAAUUAAACAAGAUGAUUUAGAAAAUCAUUUCAAAUUUGAAUUGGAAAAAAUGCAAAAUUUCACAAUCACUUUACCCGAGGGAAAAACAUCUUCAGAUAUAUCAGAGUCACCGAAUUAUUCUCAGCAUAAAAUUGAUCAAAUAAACAGUGAUUCAAGAUUUGAAAUAUUUAAAAAAAUUAAAAGGAACAGAAAAGAAAGGAAAGAUAAAUAUUUAGAACAUUCGUCUUUAUUAAAUCCAAGUACAGUGCAAAAUGAAACCAGUCAGGUAUGUGGAAACUUUCUUGAAAUUAUUUGUGAAGAUUUAUACUACUCAUAA